UGAAGUUGCGCUGCCAUGGUAUCAUAGUCCAGUUCUGUCAGGUUUUGUGUUACGUGCUGCUUUUUUGGGGCUUUAACAUCGGUUAGAAACGCCUCUUUUCAACAAUAUGUGCAGCAUUUGCUAAGCUUAUUAAUGUCUGCAGCUGAAGUGUUAUUUUGUGUGGCUGAGGUUAUCUGCAAGUCUAGCUAGCUUCUAGAAGCUUUCCGGAAGAGCAGGAGUCUACUUUGAGCCCCGGCUAGUUCACUGACCCUCGUAUACAUGGCGACUUAGGACACCACCGGGACUUUCUCUAGAUUACUUAAUUAGUUAAAAUGUCACAUCUUGACCCAGACGACACCACUCCGUUGCUCCGGGACGAUGCAAGCAGCGAUGACUCCCAGGAUGGGGACUACAGAAGCCGGUGGAGGUCCAUCCGGGUCAUGUACUUCACAAUGUUUCUCAGCAGCGUAGGCUUCACAAUUGUCAUCACAUCACUAUGGCCCUAUUUGCAGAAGGUCGACAGCAGCGCAGACGCCAGCUUCCUGGGUUGGAUGGUUGCAGCCUACAGUCUGGGUCAGAUGGUGGCCUCGCCUCUGUUUGGGCUGUGGUCUAAUCACCGGCCGCGCAGGGAGCCGCUGGUGUGCUCCAUCUUCAUCAACCUGGCUGCCAAUAUCUACUAUGCCUACGCGUAUCUGCCCAAAACCAAUAACAAGUACCACAUGCUCAUGUCCAGAGCAUUUGUUGGCUUUGGAGCAGGUAAUGUUGCCGUUGGGAGGUCGUAUGUCGCCGGGGCUACGUCCCUGAAAGAAAGGACUGGAGCCAUGGCAAACAUGAGCGCCUGUCAGGCACUGGGCUUCAUCCUCGGACCAGCUCUGCAGGCAUGCCUGUCUUUCAUCGGAGAAAACGGCGUCACGGUGAAGUUCCUAGACCUGCAGCUCAACAUGUACACCACGCCGGCUUUACUGGCUGCACUUUUCGGACUCAUCAACAUCCUGCUGGUUCUGCUGGUGCUCAAAGAGCACCGUGUAAAUGAAGAUGGAAAGCACAUCAGAUCUAUCAACUACACCUCAGAAGACACAGUCGAUAUCCUUGAUGAAUCUGUGGAAACCAUCGACCAGGUGGCUGUUGUGACCUCCAACGUGUUGUUCUUCAUCGUCAUGUUCAUCUUCGCUGUGUUUGAAACAAUUGCCACUCCUCUGUCCAUGGACAUGUUCGCCUGGACGAGGAAAGAAGCCGUUCUGUACAACGGUAUUAUUAUGGUCGGCAUCGGAUUUCAAUCAAUCCUGGUGUUUCUUUUGGUAAAAGCAGCCGCUUUGAGGUUUGGGGAUCGCCCCGUGUUGCUUGCAGGUUUUGGCAUCAUAUUCUGUGGCUUCAUUGUUUUGCUUCCCUGGGGAAAUCAUUUCCCCAAAAUCCAGUGGGCAGACCUGAAAAACAACUCUUUGGUCAGUCAAGUGUCUGGGGGCAGUUUAGUUGGCAACGGCACCGUGGAGCCCACAGGCUGCCCGUACGAGCAGACCUGGUGUCAGACCAUCCCAGCCAUCUACCUCGCACAGUACAUCUCAUCAGACUUUCUCAUCGGGGUGGGCUACCCGGCCUGCAAUGUGAUGUCCUACACGCUUUAUUCCAAAAUCCUUGGACCAAAACCUCAGGGUGUGUACAUGGGCUGGCUGACCGCCUCGGGGAGCGGGGCGCGAACACUCGGUCCCGUCUUCGUCUCCCACGUCUACACCCUCCUGGGACCUCGCUGGGCCUUCAGCCUCAUCUGCGGUAUGGUGGUGUUGGGCGUCAUCCUCCUCCUCUCAGCCUACCACAGACUCAUCGCCUAUUCUGUUCGCCACGGAAGGAUCGUGGAGUAACAGAUUCUCACCACGGAAACUAGCAGGAGUACAUGACAACCGAUGGUACAUUUGUCCAGACUUUCUGCUGUGACAGAAUCAUUUUGCUGCUUCUUAUUUUAAAUGUGGGGACUGAUCAAUUAUUAGUUUUUAACUCAGGGUUUUAGUCCUAAAUCUUAAUAGUAAAGAGAUUUUGAUGGAUUAUUUCUCAUACCAGAGUGGGAGCUGGAACUGCAACUGACUUUUCACUCAUUUUAAAGGCCUGCGACAGAAGUUGACAAACAACAUAAUAAUGUUUUGCUGUUUGAGGAUUGCUGGAAAUUGGUUUCAUGGUUUAUAUUAAGAAUUACCAGUUACACAUUUUAACAUUAAUGCACUGUAAGAAAAAUACUGAUGUUAUUUUUCCUAAUUAUCUGAAUAAUACCCGUAGUUUGAAACUAUGGGAGUUUUCUCAUUCCUAAAUUAUUCAGAAAAUGAUUUCUGGAUGUGUGUACAGAGAUAAUGAAGUGAAUGAAGCAUUAAAUUUUUAUAGUGAAAUUAACUUCCUCUGCUUUACUCCAUUAUAAUGCCAUAAUCACCUUUUUUUUUUUUACAUUUUAUUAAUAGAUUAUUGGUAUUUGGAAACUGCUUAGUAUAUUAAGGAUAUGGAUCAGUCAAACACAAAGUUUGGCUACUAGAACAGUUAAAUAUUCCAACUUCUCACAGAAUAAUGUGGAGAAUAACAUUGAUUAAAAGCAUUUUAUAGAAUCAAGAAAUCACUUAAGUACAAUCUGACAGCAUGAAGUAGUCUAAAGGUUCUAAGAAAAGAAAAAAUGAAAACAUGAUACUCCAAUCUAAAGAUAAUUAAGUACACAUGAGAAGCUGACCCCCAUCUGUCUGGAAAGGAUUUGCUUCAUCUGUAAAGUUUUGAAAAUCCACCAAACGAUAGGAAGAGCCAUUAUCCACAAAGAAAAACAUGCAACAUGGCUGAACCAGUCUAGCCUGGUUAUUUCUUUAACCCAAAAGAAAUGAUAAUAAAACACUUUUUAAAAAUUUACAGGUUUCACUUAUAAGUUUUCAUAAAUCAACAAUGACAAACAUCUCCCAUGGGGGUUAUUGGCCUCCAUAACAGAAUGAUGUAUUUUAUCGUGCGAUAUACAUGAGGUUGGAAAAAGGAAAAUAAGCAAUAAACCUCACUCAUUACUU